GUUGGGGAUGAGAGUUCUCGUCCACUCACUUGUGCUUUGGGCUUUUGUCGCUACAAGUUCAGCAUAUUUUUCGGACAGUUUCAUGGCCUACUUUGAUUAUUCCCAUCAAAAUUUGGUACAUGCGCUGGCUAGAGAAGAUCUUCAAGAAGAUGGAAGUUUUGGGGGAGGAAAUCACACAGGAGGCACUCCAACUUCGCGCAACGCUCUCAUCAUUGUUCAUAAAGGGGGAAAAGAGGCCGGAGAUUAUUUGAAUCAUAGAAAACAGUUCCUGAAAAGAGGAUGGACUGAUGAGACAAUUUACGCAACGACUUAUGGAGAUAGCUUAGGAAACACAUCGCGCAACUACAUUUAAUUGGAUUGUGGAUAUGUGCAGAGAAUUGCAAGUAUGAUUAAUCUAGUACAUCAGUAUACUGGUCGAACGGUUGAUAUUGUUGCAUAUGGAGAAGGUUCUGCAAUCGCACGAAAAGCUGUUAUAGGAGGCGAAUGUGCGGAUACUGGUGUCAUGGUUGAAAGCCAGUUAGCAAAAGUUCAAACUUAUAUUUCAGAAGAAGGAAUAAAUCAAGGAAUCUACUGUUCAUACAGCACAACUCACACCUGUCAAAACAUGGUAACUGGACUCAACUGCAACUCAAAAUUCAUGAAAGAUAUCAAUUCCAAUAAUACUUUGCCUACCGACGAAGUUCAACCUAUUUUUUAUUCUAUUCAGUUUGGGCUAGGAAUAGCCAGAAACGAAUGUGGUUCAGAUCCGUACGAAAUUCCUGGUGCACACCAAGUCUAUCGUCUACUCAAGUCCAUCCCGUACGGUGUUCCGCUUGUUGCGGGCAUUCUUAAUGGAAACGUGCAGAGCCUUGUCUAGUUUCAAAUGCAAUAAAGAUUACGAAUUUUU